AUGAAGAAAGAACUAAAUGAUAAAAAACAAUACGGAUUCCCAGACAAGGCAGAAAUAGAAAGAGUAAUUAAAAGAGUGACUCAACCAGGUUAUCGGCGAAUAAAUAAGGGUUUAAAACCAAAUGCCAGCGAGCAAGAGAAAGUCAAAUAUAAUAUUUGCCAAAGUAUUGGCGAUUAUUGUGAUGAUAACCAACUUUCCGAAAAAAAGUUAGCCCAAAAGUUAGGUAUUAACCAAGAGAAAUUGGAAUAUAUUCUCUUUUGUCACAUUAAUAAACUUACCGUAGAAGAAUUAAUUGAUUAUGUGGCUAAACUAACCGGACAUUUAGAAAUAAAAGUAAAUUAUGACCGCUCAGAAGCCUCCUUGCGAGCCUGUUAA